AUGGUAUCGCCCUUAUUGCCUACGCUCUUAGGAACUGGCUCUCUCGUGAGAUUUGGCUUGGGACUCGUCCUCAAGCAAAGUCCUGUGUCAUUUGUGCUCCUCACUGCUCUUCUACAGUCGGUUCUACUGCUUCUCUGGGCAGUCUAUGUGGCACCACAACCCAGUCCUCUCCGCAAACUGCCUUUGGCAUCGCAAGGCCCGUGGUGGAGCACAUUCCUGCUUGAGCCUGCAACAGACGACCUCGAGCGAUUCAUGAACGAGACUGCCAACAAUGGCCUCAUUCGAUACUUCGGCGUGUUUCACGGCGAAAGACUGCUGAUCACCAAGUCUCAAGGAACAAAGGAGAUGAUGCUUUUGCGAGCCUACAACUACGACAAAUUGCCUCUUGUCACGAAGCUCAUAGGACAAGUCACCGGCCAAGGCUUACUAGUUACUGCUCAGGACGAGCACAAGCGCCAACGGAAAUCACUACUGCCCGCAUUCAAGUACAAAUACAUCAAGGAUCUCUUUCCACGGUUCUGGUUCUACACCACUGAGUUUGUUGCCGCACUGGAGAAAGAGAUCGACCGGGUUGGCGAAGGAUCAACAGCUGUAGUCGACGUGGAGGGCUGGAUGAUGCGUGCCACGCUUGAUGUGGUCGCUGGGACAGGUUUUGGUGUUGAAGUUAACGCCAUCGCCAAACCAGAUAGCGACCUCGCCGAGGCUGUUGCCACUGUCGAAUUCCACGAGUCCGAAGGCAACAACCUAUCGGCUUUUGGGCUUCCUCUUGCCGCCCUGGCUGGCAAGCAGAUACUAGACCCUGAUGCUGAUGACGAUAAAUCCCGAUUCGAGUCUCAGACGGCCACGGAGACAGACGUGGUCUCAACCCUGCUGAGGUUCAAGGAACCUUUGACGGAUAAGGAGCUUAUGGCUCAAUCUGCAACAAUCCUGGCGGCCGGUCAAGAUACUACUUCGGUUGCAACCACUUGGGCGCUUUAUCUUCUUGCGCACCAUCCACAUGUCCAGUCCACCUUGCGAAGUGAGGUCCACAAGCAUUUACCGUCACCCGAUAUGCAAGAUGAGACUGUCGAUGCACCACUUAUCGAAUCGCUUCCAUAUCUCGCCGCAGUAUGUAACGAGACGCUCCGGCUCUUUCCCCAAGCUCCUGUCUUGCGAAGACAUGUCGUGAAGUCAGGCACGGUCGUGUUGGGUGAGCCCAUCCCUGUGGGAACGGUGGUGAUGACGUCCAUCUGGGGCACACACCGCAUGAAGAGCGUCUGGGGCCCGGAUGCUGGAGAAUUCAAGCCUGAGUGCUUCUUACAAUAUGACGGAGACGGUAAGAUGAAUUUCGAUCCCCAUGCUGGGUUUAAAGGCGAGGAGGCAACCUAUCGCUAUCUACCCUUUGCGCUGGUAUCUGGGUUGAUAGGUCGCUUCGAGUGGUCGGUCCUCGACCCGGCUAAGAUGAUGCAGGAGGAUAUCAAGAUGAACUUUGGCAUUGUCUCCAAACCGGAAGCCGGCCUGCGGCUUCGGACACGCAGGGUCGACGGAUGCACGAAGACCAGUGAAGAGUUCAACACCGCGAGCAGAAAUGUCAAACCUGGCCUUAUCGCAGCUGGGAUCGUCUCAGCCUGGACGUGGGCAGCGACGCUGCUUCAAAGCAGUACUGUGGCGUAUACUUAUGGAGUUGCCGGCCCUUUCUGGUACGCCGCAGGGGCUACCGUCCAGAUCUUGAUGUUCUCUAUUCUCGCCUGCAAAACCAAGAUGAACGCUCCUCGAUGCCACACUUACCUCGAAAUCAUCAAUGUCCGCUAUGGCCGGGUGGCACAUAUCAUCUUCAUCUUCUUUGCCCUCGUCACCAAUAUCCUAGUCGGCUCUCAGCUGCUGCUGGGCGGGUCCGCUGUUGUGACCAGUUUAACUGGCAUGAAUGUCUACGCUGCGAUCUUUCUCAUUCCCCUUGGUGUCGUCGCAUAUGUCCUGAUGGGCGGCUUGCGCGCGACAUUUCUCUGCGACUAUUCGCAUACAUUAAUUCUGAUGGUCAUUAUUCUCUACUUUAUGUUUGAAGUUUAUGUUAGCGACGACAUCAUCGGCUCACCCGCGCGCAUGUUCGAGCUUCUGAAGAAGGCGGCUAGCCAGAGACCCAUCGACGGCAAUCAGGACGGGUCCUACCUGACACUGAAAUCUAACAACGCGCUCAUUUUCGGCGUCAUUCAGCUGUGCUCGGGCAGCGGUACCGUCUUCCUGGACCAAGCAUACUGGCAACGAGCCAUCGCGUCGCGGCCUACCACGGCCGUCCGGGCGUACAUCCUCGGCGGCCUUGCCUGGUUUGCCAUCCCCUUCGGAUUUGCCACGACUCUAGGUCUCGCUUCGGCCGCACUGGUAGACAAUCCCGCCUACCCUACCUACCCUGACGUCCCUUCUUCCAGUCAGAUCUCCGCUGGUCUAGCUUCGGCCUUUGCUGCCAGCACUCUGCUGGGCAAGGGUGGCGCGGUUGCUUUACUCAUCACCCUGUUCAUGGCGGUCACGUCGUGCGCCUCUGCAGAAUUGAUUGCCGUGUCCUCGAUCCUCACAUUCGACGUGUACAAGACGUACAUCAAGCCCAACGCCACGCCGCAGAACUUGAUCUUCAUGGCCCACGUCAACGUCGCGGUCUUCGGACUGACCAUGGCCAUCUUCGCCAUCAUCUGGAACGUCAUCGGCAUCGACCUAGGCUGGUUAUUCCUGGUCAUGGGGCUCCUCAUCGGCGGCGCCGUCAUGCCGACCGCCUUCGCAAUCACUUGGAAAAAGCAAAGUCGAGCAGGGGCCAUCGCAGGGUCAUUGAGUGGCCUCGUCGCCGGUCUUACCGCUUGGCUCGUCGAAGCAAAGGUCCACUAUGGGGAGCUCACUCUCGAGACGACGGGAUCCAACUUCGCCACACUAGCGGGCAACCUCGCCGCCAUCAUGACGGGCCUGAUUGUCACAGUGGUUGUGUCUUUGAUCAAGCCAGACAACUACGACUGGAGCGGAACGCGGGCCAUCAACAUCGAGCACGCUUUGCACGUCGAAGGCACAACCCCGUCACCGCAGGUCGACUCGUCAAGCGCCUCCAACGUCACUCAGAUGGGCACAGGGGACAAAGAUGCUAAGCGCGUGUCCGCGGCCGACCCCAUCGCCCUAGAUGAAGAACGCCAGCUCUCCAUCGACGCCAGGUACGAAGACAACCCCUCGAGUCUUCGCUCUGCCUUUAAGUUAGCCUGCAUCGCCUCCUUCGUAUUACCUUUCAUCAUGGACUUCCUCAUCCCCAUCCCCAUGUUCCUGAGUCAUUACAUCUUCAGCAAGGAGUUCUUCACCGCCUGGGUGGUGAUCAGUUUCAUCUGGGUAUUUGCCAGCAGUCUGAUCAGUGUCCUCCUGCCGAUCUGGGAGACGAGAGCAUUCUUUGGCGUGCUCUUUAGGGCAGUCACAGGGGAUAUCAGGGGACGAAGGGGCGCUGCUUGA